CUGGGUUUUUUUUAAUGUAUUACAGCAUGUUACAUGGUAUGGCAUAUUCAACAGUGAUGCCCUUUUUUUGGAUCUCAAAUUCGCGGAUGUUUCCCACGAUAUAACGGUGACGAUGUUUUGAUCUGACGUCCAGUCAACCCGACAAAGGAAUUCGAGCACUUUCAACUGACAAUGCCUUUAGCUUUUGAAGAAUUGAACAGUAGCAGCACGUUUCCUCUGCAUUUCGGCGGUUAGAUGCUGAUGUUCAGACCGAGCAAGAGCCGCGAACUUCGCAUGGUAUCGACCGUUUCUCAGUUUCGAUCCUGAAUCCGCUCCUCGCCCGACGCCGCAACAGGCGGUGACCCAUUCGAGCGCACUCGAAACAGAGACUACCCGCCCCCUUUUUCAUGUUUCGCAAGUGCCGCUCGAUUCGUGCUGAUCCGAGUCGACUGCUUUGGCGACGCGAUGGCGGUGGGCAACUUCUCCAGGCCGAGUGCAUGCACGCUCGGACCCGAGAGGACGACGGCCGCCGGGGUUCCGAGAAGGGCGCUCGAGAAGCCCGAGGACCCGAGUUUCGGCUUCACAAGAGCAAGGGCCAACACAUCCUCACCAACCCGCGAGUUCUUGAUUCGAUCGUCCGGAGGGCCGAGCUGAAGCCCGGCGACACUGUCUUGGAGAUCGGACCCGGGACGGGGAAUCUCACGCUGAAGCUCCUGGAGGUCUCCCGCAAGGUCGUGGCGGUGGAGAUCGACGGCAGGAUGGUGGACGCCCUCCGGAAGCGCGUGGCUGACCGUGGGUUUGAAGAUCGGCUCACUGUGAUACAGAAAGAUGCGCUGAAGACACAGUUUCCACCAUUUGAUAUUGUAGUUGCCAAUAUUCCGUAUCAGAUAUCGUCACCACUUAUAAUUAAAUUGGUGUAUGGGAAAAUCCAGUUUAGAAGCGCGACUCUCCUCCUGCAGAAAGAGUUUGCAAGGAGGUUAUUAGCAAAUCCUGGUGACUCAGAGUAUAACAGAUUGGCUGUCAAUGUGAAGCUGGUCGCUGAUGUGGAGUUUGCAAUGGAUGUAAGCAAGAGAGACUUUCUUCCUGUCCCUAAAGUCAACUCGUCUGUGGUCAUAAUCCGUCCAAAAACUGAACUUCCUGAGGUAAAUCUUGCUGAGUGGUGGGCUUUCACAAGGACUUGCUUCGGCAAGAAGAAUAAAACUUUAGGUGCAACAUUUAAGCAGAAGAGGAAGUUAAUGGAGAUCUUCAAAACUUCCACAUUGGCUGGUUUGAAAAAGGACGUUGCCAUCACUAACGAUGAUGGGAUUAGUGGUGUUUCUGUUGAAGAUGGUGAUAUAGAUGAAGAGGGGAACAGUGAAGAGGAGUCUCUGUCGUCGUCUGUCCCUGAAGGGGAGAUGAAUCUGUUCAAGGAGAAGAUUGUCGGGGUUCUCAGAGCCGAGGGGUUUGAAGAUAAGAGGCCUUCAAAGUUGUCCAAUGAUGAGUUGUUACAUUUGCUGGCUGUACUUAACCAUGCUGGAGUUUACUUUCAUAAUCAGGCCGAGUCAUGACAGAACGCCUUACUAGCUGAUGUACAGCACUGCACUACACCAUCAGUGUAUUGGUGUCGAGAUGAAAAUAUGAACCAUAAGUUUCAAUUUUUUUCACCACUCAUUGUUUGGUACCUUGUAGAAGCA